GAACGACCCCAAUCCUGCCAGGAAUGACCCCAAUCCUGACAGGAACAACCCCAAUCCUGACAGGACAGACCCCAAUCCUGACAGGAACAACCCCAAUCCUGACAGGAACAACCCCAAUCCUGACAGGAACGAUCCUGACAGGAACUACCCCAAUCCUGACAGGAACAACCCCAAUCCUGACAGGAACGACCCCAAUCCUGACAGGAACAAUCCUGACAGGAAUGACCCCAAUCCUGACAGGACAGACCCCAAUCCUGACAGGAAUGACCCCAAUCCUGACAGGACCCGAGCCAAGCUGGAGGCGGCCGUGGCUGAGGCCGAGGAGAGGGGGGAGAUGGCCCUGAAGGACGCGAGGGCCAAGCUGGCCGAGCUGGAGGACGCCCUCCAGAAAGCCAAGGCCGACAUGGCCCGGCAGCUCCGCGAGUACCAGGAGCUGAUGAACGUCAAGCUGGCCCUGGACAUCGAGAUUGCCACCUACAGGAAGCUGCUGGAGGGCGAGGAGAGCAGGUUGGCCGGGGAGGGAGUCGGCAACGUCAACAUCUCCGUGCUCAGCUCCAGCUCCAGCGGCGGCGGCUUCUCCAGCUCCGCGGGAUUCCUGGGAGGAGCCCUGGGGGCCGGGAUGGGCAGCGGAGCCCUGGGAUUGUCCUCGGGGGGAGCCACCAAGUCCUACUCCAUCACCACCACCAGCACCUCCAGCAGCCGCCGCAGCGUCAGGAAGUGAUUCCGGGAAAGAGGGAAACCCUCGGGAAGAAACGUCUCGGUGC